UGUGUUCAGGUCACUGAAAUUGAAGGCUGAGCUUCCAGAAUUCCUCAGUCCUCUGUUCCAGCCAGAGACAAAAAGAGAGGUCUCCCUGUCACUCCCCUUUGGUGAGAUAACUGGGGGUGGUAGCAGCCUAGCCUUCCUCCCCACUGCCCCACCAGAAUAAGAACGCCACCCAAGGAGUGCUGACAUAUUCUGCCAUAGCUGCGGAGCCUGCAUCCAGGAGGGAGGAGAUUUUGUCAUCAGUCAUUUAGAAGAAAAGCAACACCCUAGCCCAGGCUCAUACUCCUAUGCAUGGCCUGCAUUAACAGGAGGGUCAAGACUGAUUGGUAACUCUGAUUCCAAUGAAACAAGAUUGUGAAUGACCUGAGGCUGAGGCUAGAAAUGACCCUCUCCGUGGAUUCGUGUUGGUAUCGGUGGCAAUGGCGAGUCCAAGAUGGCGCCCCCCAGUCCCCAACAGAAACCACCCCACUGCUGUCUUCAGAGAGGGAGAGGCAGAGCUCCAGCCUGGCCCAGCUGCGGGUCGUGUUCCCCAACAAUUGCACGUGCCACCAGGACUGGGAGAAGAUCUCCAGGAGCUACACGGGCAACAGGAUCUGUACCACCAAAUACACUCUCCUCACCUUCCUGCCUCAGAAUCUCUGCGAGCAGUUUCACAGGUGGGCUAACCUGUAUUUCCUGCUGCUGGUGAUUCUGAACUGGAUACCUUCUAUGGAAGUGUUCCACAGGGAAAUCACCAUGUUGCCUUUGGCCAUCGUCCUGUUCAUCAUCAUGGUUAAGGAUGGCCUGGAAGAUUUCAGGAGAUACCGUUUUGACACAGAGAUAAAUGGUUCCAACGUUCAAAUAUAUGAAAGGAGAGAGCAGAGCUUCGUGCAGAAGCGCUGGAAGGAUGUGCGCGUGGGAGACUUCGUACAAAUGCAGUGCAACGAGGUCAUCCCAGCAGACAUCCUGCUCCUCUUCUCCUCGGACCCCAGUGGGAUCUGCCACCUGGAAACCGCCAACCUGGAUGGAGAGACAAAUCUCAAGCAGAGAUGUGUGGUGAAGGGCUUCUCACAGCAGGAGGGGCAGUUCCAACCAGAGCACUUCCACAACACCGUCGUGUGUGAAAAACCCAACAACCACCUCAACAAAUUUAAGGGUUACAUGGAGCACCCUGACCAGACCAGGACUGGCUUUGGCAGCGAGAGUCUUCUGCUUCGAGGCUGCACCAUCAGAAACACCGAGGUGGCUGUUGGCAUUGUCAUCUACACAGGCCACGAGACAAAAGCCAUGCUGAACAACAGCGGCCCACGGUACAAACGCAGCAAAAUUGAGCGGCGUAUGAACACAGACAUCUUCUUCUGCAUCGGGAUCCUGUUCCUCAUGUGCCUCUGUGGAGCCAUAGGCCACAGCCUCUGGAACCAGACCUUUAAAGAACACCCUCCCUUUGAUGUGCCAGAUGCCAAUGGCAACUUCCUUCCCCCGGCCCUCGGGGGCUUCUACAUGUUCCUCACAAUGAUCAUCCUGCUCCAGGUGCUGAUCCCGAUCUCUUUGUAUGUGUCUAUUGAGCUGGUAAAGCUUGGGCAAGUUUUCUUUCUGCACAAUGACCUUGACCUCUACGAUGAAGAGUCUGAUCUGCCCAUUCAGUGCCGAGCCCUCAACAUCACAGAGGACCUGGGCCAGAUCCAAUACAUCUUCUCUGACAAGACUGGAACCCUAACAGAGAACAAGAUGGUCUUCCGACGUUGCACCAUCAUGGGCCGCGAGUAUUGUCAUCAAGAAAAUGCCAAGCGACUGGAGACCCUGAAGGAGGUGGACUCAGACAGUGAAGAGUGGACGCAGUACCAGUGCCUGUCAUUCCCAGCGAGAUGGGCCCAGAGGCCAGCAACCAUGAGAAGUCAAGGAGGCACCCAGCCUCUGAGGAGGAGUCAGAGUGCCCGGGUGCCCAUCCAGGGUCACUCCCGGCAAAGGUCUGUAGGGCGCUGUGAAAGCUCACAGCCGCCUGUGGCCUUCAGCAGCUCCAUAGAGAAAGAUGUGACUCCAGAUAAAAACCUACUGACCAAGGUGCGAGAAGCCGCCCAAUGGCUGGAGACCUUGUCAGAUGCCAAACCCGCCAAGCCUUCCCAGUCCACCAGCUCCUCCACUGCUGACUUUUUCCUUGCUCUAGCAAUCUGCAACUCUGUGAUGGUGUCCACAACUACUGAGCCAAGACAGAGGGUCACCAUCCCACCCUCCACCAAAGCUCUGGGGACAUCCCUGGAGAAGAUUCAGCAGCUCUUCCAGAGGCUGAAGCUAAUGAGCCUCAGCCAGUCCUUCUCAUCCACUGCACCAUCUGACACAGACCUGGGGGAGAGCUUGGGGGCCAAUGGGCCCACCACGGACUCAGAUGAGAAGGACGACACGUCUGUGUGCAGUGGCGACUACUCCACCGACGGUGGCUACAGGAGCAGCACGUGGGACCAGGGUGACAUCCUGGGGUCUGGGUCAGGUGCUUCCUUGGAAGAGGUAGUAUUGGAAGCCCCAGACCUAGGCCUGGCCAAGCCUGAGCUCUGCUAUGAGGCUGAGAGCCCUGACGAGGCAGCCCUGGUGCAUGCUGCCCACGCCUACAGUUUCACGCUGGUGUCCCGGACACCAGAGCAGGUUACCGUGCGCCUGCCCCAGGGCAUCUGCCUCACCUUUGACCUCCUCUUCACCCUGGGCUUUGACUCUGUCAGAAAGAGAAUGUCUGUGGUUGUGAGGCACCCACUGACCAGGGAGAUCAUCGUCUACACCAAGGGGGCUGACUCGGUCAUCAUGGACCUGCUGGAAGACCCAGGCUGUGUGACUGACGCUGACCUGCAAAAGAAGAUGAAGAAAAUCCAAGCCCGAACCCAAAAACAUCUAGACUUGUAUGCAAGAGACGGUCUGCGCACGCUGUGUAUCGCCAAGAAGGUCAUAAGUGAAGAGGACUUUCGGAGAUGGGCCAAUUUCCGGCACCAGGCAGAGGCUUCACUCGACAACCGAGAUGACCUUCUGAUGGAGACAGCACAGCAUCUGGAGAACCAACUCACCUUACUCGGAGCCACUGGGAUCGAAGAUCGGCUACAGGAAGGCGUUCCAGAUACCAUUGCUGCUCUACGAGAGGCUGGGAUCCAGCUCUGGGUCUUGACAGGAGAUAAGCAGGAGACAGCAGUCAAUAUCGCCUAUUCCUGCAGACUCUUAAGUCAAAUGGACACCGUUUACUCCAUUAAUACAGAGAGUCAGGAAACCUGUGAAUCCAUCCUCAACUGUGCAUUGGAAGAAGUAAAGCAACUCCACCAACUACAGAAGCCAGACUGCAAGCUCUUUGGGUUCCGCCUACCUUCCGAAACACCAUCCACCACCUCAGGAGCUGCAGUCCCAGAUGCUGGAUUGGUUAUAGAUGGGAAGACGUUGAAUGUCAUUUUCCAGGGAAAGCUAGAGAAGAAGUUCCUGGAGUUGACUCAGUACUGCCGGUCUGUCCUCUGUUGCCGCUCUACCCCACUCCAGAAGAGUAUGAUUGUCAAGCUGGUGCGAGACAAGUUGAGCGUGAUGACCCUUUCCAUAGGUGAUGGAGCAAAUGACGUAAGCAUGAUUCAAGCUGCUGAUAUUGGAAUUGGGAUAUCUGGACAGGAAGGCAUGCAGGCCGUCAUGUCCAGCGAUUUUGCCAUCUCCCGCUUCAAACACCUCAAGAAGCUGCUGCUUGUGCAUGGCCACUGGUGUUACUCACGCCUGGCCAGGAUGGUGGUGUACUUCUUCUAUAAGAACGUGUGCUAUGUCAACCUGCUCUUCUGGUAUCAGUUCUUCUGUGGCUUCUCCGGCUCCACCAUGAUCGACUACUGGCAGAUGAUAUUCUUCAACCUCUUCUUCACCUCUUUGCCUCCUAUCAUCUUCGGAAUCCUUGAUAAAGACAUCUCUGCAGAAACACUCCUGGCGUUGCCCGAGCUGUACAAGAAUGGCCAAAAUUCUGAGUGUUACAACCUCUCAACUUUCUGGAUUUCCAUGAUGGAUGCAUUCUACCAGAGCCUCAUUUGUUUCUUUAUCCCUUACCUGACCUACAAAGGCUCUGAUAUUGAUGUCUUCACAUUUGGAACUCCAAUCAACACCAUCUCCCUCACCACCAUCCUCCUGCACCAGGCAAUGGAAAUGAAGACUUGGACCUUCAUCCAUGGGCUCGUCCUCUUGGGCAGCUUUCUGAUGUAUUUUGUGGUGUCUCUACUGUACAACGCCAUCUGUGUCACCUGCAAUAGUCCCGCCAACCCCUACUGGGUGAUGGAAAACCAGCUCUCAGACCCCACCUUCUACCUCGUGUGCAUCCUCACCCCAGUCGUGGCUCUUCUCCCAAGGUACUUUUUCUUGUCUGUACAAGGGACUUAUGGAAAGUCUCUGAUUUCAAAAGCUGAGAAAAUUGACAAACUGCCCGUGGAUAAAAGAAACCUGGAAAUCCAGAGCUGGAGAAACAAGAAGAGGCCUGCCCCCGUCACUGAAGUGGCUCAGUCUGCUCACCAUCCAGCACCACCUGUCCCACAGCAGGACUUCAGAACCAGCACCCCAAAGAGCUCCAGUCCCCACAAGCGGAAACAUGUGGAAGACUGGAUGCUCCAUGGGCAGAGAGGCAGCAGAGAGUGCAGGAGGGAGGACCCAUGCUUGGGGGGCCCCUCAGCUAAACUGUCAUCUGGACAGCACCUCCUAGAGCCUAAUAGGACAUUGGUUCCUGGAGCCUACUCAAGGGGUCAAAAUGAUGUGCGCCAGCCCUUGAGCAGAGGCAGCCAUCGCCGAUCCCAGAGUUCUCUGACCAUAUGAGGGAGCUGCAGCAAUCUGCACACACUCAGAAAAGGCCUCUCAAUCACUGACCCACACAACCCAGGACCCUCCCUCUCCAUAGAGGAAAAAAAUUGGCCAGUCUUAUUCUUUCUUCUCUACCAGAUUUGAUUUCCUAAGAGGAAGCACUAGCUCCAAGGAGUUUGACCAAGAGAAAGAAAGAAAAAAGAAAAGAAAAGAAAAGAAAAGAAAAGAAAAGAAAGGAAAGGAAAGGAAAGGAAAG